AUGAACCAGCCCUACCCUCUUACUAAGGAGCAAGUUCGCCUGCUUCUUCUUUAUGACUUCCGAAUCGAGAAGAAGGCAGCCAAUUCCAUCGCUGACAUCAAUACCGCGUUUGGCCCGGACACUGUGUCCAAGAGCACUGCCUAUGAUUGGACCUAUGUGUUGAGUUACUGGUUUUAUGAGGUGAUGCAUCCUGACCUAUCCCCUCAUCUCCACUCUCCUGAAUGCAACACAUUGAUAGCAGAGCUACAGAAGUGUCACAAGGAGAACAAGUUUAAGAAAUACUUUGGAGUGUGCAACCGCCUAGACACUGCAAUGAACAGGUGCCUUAAGGAAGAGCUAGAACAAAACAGGAGAAGGAAUAACGCUUUGGCUCUACAACGUCGUCAAAUUGUCUUGGAGAGACAAAAAACCCAAAAUAUGAAGGAGAAGACAUAG